UUGAGACUGUUUGGGGUUUGGCUUCAAGGGAAAAGAAAAUAUCUUUAUAAACUAGGAUUGGCAACAGUACAAUGAGCUGUAAUAGAUAAGGCCUAAGAGCUGUCAACACCUGUUUUCAACUAUUGAAAUUAUCCAUCCAUUUGGGCUUUCCUUCUCACUCUCUUUUCAUCGGUCUGAUUGGGCCUUUUGUUGUUAUUAUGUCCAUUAGUGUUGUGCGGACCUUCUGCUAUAAGCACCCCCGUAUCAUUUGCCUUUCAAUGUUCUUGUAAAUUGCAAGGUUACCAAUGCAUUUGCCAUAAACCGACUCACUAUGCUAACCGCAUAUGCUAAAUCUGGCCUAAUACAAACCAUGCCAUACCCGAUGCUUCUAACCCUAGCUUUAUGGGGAGUACCAUCCAUCUUCUUUUUCUUAUCCUCAGAUGGAGGACAUUACGUAACCGACAACUUUGUGUGAUGACCCAAAGGAGUGCUAAUGGAUCUUAGAAUCACUCAUUCUAAACCGAUUCACCUCUUUCUUCAAGUAACCAUAUUGAGACGAGAACAAUUCACCUUUUACUAUGUUUCUUACGAUACCAAUACCAAGAAUCCUUUUUGCCGCACCAAGAUACUUCUUCUCAAAUUCACUGUUUAGUCUCUCUUUGAGCUUUCUGAUCUCUCUUUGAGCACCCAAAGAAGUAGCUCUCACGCCACGUCAUCCCUUACACAGAUGUGGGCAAGUCGGGUUGUCUUCAUACUGGGUUAGAUAGUUGGACCUGUUUAUUAUCCAAUCUUUAUUUAAAUUAGGCGUUUUAGACCCAUACCAUUACAUACACAAAUUGAAGUCAUCAAUAUAAAAAGUUUCUGUCUACAAUUUCUUUCUAUAUCACUUUUGUAAAAGUAUAUUAAAAUUAAUAAUAUAAUAUGAAAAAAAUGGCACUUUAUCAUUAAAUACCGGCAUAAUAUGAGAAAAUGUUAUCAUCUCAACUACUAAAAUUGUCUUUAUUUCACCAACAAAAUUGUCUUUGUUGUACCCAAACUUUUUGGUGAAUAAAGGUACAGAAAGAGUGUGUAAAAGGUGAUACCUGGCCUUCUGCCUUUGGCACAUGAAAACUGAUGCUACCAACACAGCUCUGGAGUAGUAUUUGACACAGCACACUUUUCAACAAAAAUAAUAAAUUAUGAGUAUAGGAUAUGCAUUGACAGUGUAAAAUGAUUUUAUAUUGUAAUUCAAUAACAAUUGUGUAUUUUCUCAAAUCACCCACUACUUUACAAUUUAAUAGUUGCGCUCACCUUUCAAAUUUUGGUAAUGGUGGCUCAUUUUCAUUUAGUAUCAAAGAUACUCCCUCUCCCCAAUGAAGGUAGUACUCUCUUUCCUUAGUUUUUCUUUUAUUUCCAUUCUAUAUCACUUUUGUAAAAGUAUAUUGAAACGAAUGAUAUAACAUGAGAAAAUGGCAGUUUAUCAUCAAUUACCGGUGCAAUACCUGCUAUAUGUUGUCAUCUUAACUCAAAAAAUGUCUUUAUUGUACCCAAUUUUUUGUCUUUGGCACCUGAAAUAAGCGUAAAGAUAGAGUGUGUAAAUGGUGAUAUCCUGGUCUUCUGCCUUUAGCACAUGAAAACGAUGCUACCAAGACAACUCACGACUCAGGAGUAGUAGUAGUAACGUUUUCUUCUGACACACCACACUUUUCAGUUGGCUUUUGCGCAUAAAAGCCAACGAAGGAUGACUCGGUUGGUAAGAAAUUGACUCAUCCAUAUGGUUGUGGGUUCAACUCCCGCUGCCAAUGUGAGGUCUGUCUUGAACGGAGAUGCAGCUCUACAUAUGGCAGUGGGAAUUGCAAAACACAAUUUUAGGGUAUUGAAUCAGUGACAUACUGACAUGUAUGAUAGAUUGAUUCAAUGUCAUAAAGUAGUGACUGCACAUGAGGAUUAGGAUAUUACCUUUACUGAUGAUGCUACUGCAGUAAGAAUAUAAAUUACUCGCUAUCAUCAUCCCUCUCCUCGUCCUCCUCAUCAUCAACGUUGUCGUCGUCGUCAUCAUGUGUUAUUAUUUACAUCUGCAAUGAAUUUCUCGCUGCAUGAAUUUUCCCAUCCACUCCACUUCAUCACUCCCAUGGUCCCCAAUUCAUUUCUCUCUGCAUAAAUUUUCCCCCUCAAUUUCUUUGAAGAUCGGUGCCUUGAUUAGGAAUUAUCAUUGUUCUACUGCUGGAGUUCAAUCUGUAUUGGUUUUGUGCUGUUUUGAAUGUGCAAAGGAUUCAAGUAAUUAGAUUGGAGCAGUCAUCAUGGCAAUGCUUCAUAAUGAAGAACAUAUUUGUGUUGUAAAUCGCGAAUAUGAUAUAUCGAAAAUGGAUGAUGAACUCAGCGACAGUUCAGUUGUAAUGAAAGAGUCUGAUAUAGAAAACCAAAGGGAUUCGCUUAGCUUGCAAGAAUCUGCAGAAAUGAUCUCCUAUAGCAGUGGAACAGUAUCAAGGCCUGUGGAUGAAAUGGCUAUUCAAAUAUUUGCAGAAGCUGGUACCAAGGAUCGACAAUGUCGAGCAUAUGUCAAAGACAAGGGAAGGCAGUGUGUGAGAACCGCAAUUGGUAACAAUAUAUACUGUUGUGCUCAUUUCUCAAACAAAAGAGAAAGACGUCUUAAAGUAAGCACUCCCAUUUGUGGAGGUACAACUGGUUCUGGUAAUAGCUGUAAGUAUCGUUCCCAUCCUGGAUUUUCUUUUUGUAAGAGACAUUGGCACAAAGCCGAGACGGGCCAGACCUCAAAUUCAAACCAUCGUACAUUAAAGAGGAAAGCUGAAGAAAAUUGUGGUGGUUCCCAGAACCUGAUUUGCACGGACUUGGUGUUGGCACAUCCGGAAAGUGCAUUGGAGAUCAAUCCAGUGUCGGUCAUCAAUGAUGUUGAUCCUUUCUUUGCAAAGAACAUCUCAGGCGAAACGCUCAAGCUUUCUGGUAAUGAUCAUAAUGAAGACUCUUGUAUUGAUAAUGAGAAUGCUGUUAAGGAAAAAUUAGGGUCGUCGCGAAAGGUUAUAGUGUUAUGCAAUGACAUAAGCUUUGCGGCGGAAUCAACUCCUGUGAUAUGUGUAGUAGAUCUACAAGUACUAAAUUAUCUUUGUGAGCAAGAGCGAUAUGUAUAUCUUCCUAAGCCUUGGGAGAUGUUUACCUAUGUGACAAAGCCGAUUCUUGAUCGAUUGCGUAGUCUUGAUUCUGAGGAUCUGCAUCUGUCUUGUAAUUGCUUAUCUUCUACUUGCUGUCCUGAAACGUGUGAUCACGUAUACCUUUUUGAUGAAGAAAAGGACAUAUUUGGGAAACCAAUGGCCGGAAGGUUCGCAUACGAUGUAAAUGGUCGAAUCAUAUUGGAGGAAGGUAGUCUUGUCUUCGAGUGCAACGAUAAGUGCGGAUGCAAUAAAACCUGUCCAAACAGAAUAUUGCAGAACGGAGUUCGUGUUAAAUUAGAGGUUUUUAUGACAGAGAAAAAGGGAUUCGGAGUAAGGGCUGGUGAAGCUAUUUUGCGUGGCACGUUUGUGUGUGAGUACAUUGGUGAAGUUUUAGAGCAGCAGGAGGCACACAACAGACGCGGAAGCAAAGAAAAUUGCAGUUAUUUCUUAGACAUUGAUGCUCGUGCUAACCAUACGAGUAGAUUGGUCGAAGGACAUCCCCGAUAUGUCAUUGAUUCUACUACAUAUGGAAAUGUGUCUAGGUUCAUCAAUAACAGUUGUUCACCCAAUCUCGUGGAUUACAAAGUUCUUGUAGAGGCCACGGAUUGUAAGCAUGCACAUAUCGGUCUUUACGCAAGUCGAGAUAUUGCUUUGGGUGAAGAAUUAACAUUUAAUUAUGACUAUGAGCCUGUGCCCGGAGAAGGAGAUUGUCUUUGUGGAUCUUUGAAAUGCUGAGGAAGCCUUUACUAGAACCUCGACAUUUUUCUGUUGUUGUAAGUGUUUUAGACUGUCCAGUAUAUUGCGGGAAUAAGUUGUUUGUGUGUGUAACAUUUAAAGUGUCCAAUAUGGAAAUUAUGUAUGUGUAACAUUGAAUGGUUGUAUUUUAGAUUGUCUCCUAAAAGAUGAGACACGUUGAACAUCUAUUUGAUGCAGGAUACCUAUGAAUCGAAGUAUAAUUUGUCAACUGUCUUCGACAUACUUGAUCAUAUUCACAGUCA